CCCACCCAUGGGUGCGCGCAUGUUUGAUGACGUACGAGAGUAGCCCAGGACCACACUGAGGGGAGUGAGUUUGAGGGUUUAACUCUAUAAUGAGUUAUAGAGUUAUUAAAUGAUAAUAGAAUAACUUGAAGUUGCUGCAGGUAAUUGGUGCGAAGUAGUUGUAUUUCUUGUGAAUGCUGCUUAUCUGAUUCUAUGCGCCUGUAGUCCUGCUGCAAGUUGAAGCCUCUUUUGCAUGAAACCAUGUCUGGAAAUGGCAGACUAUAUGACUGUAAGGAUCCUGCUGUAUGGAGGUCUGUCCUUGCAGUUUACAAGGAUGUCAUUGAAGCAAAGGCGACGACAUCCAAAGGAGUUAAAGCAGGCAAGCUGACUGCUCUGGAUAAAUGGUAUCAGGAAGAGUUACCGGAAAUAGUUUGCAGUCGUACGGAGAAAUUUCUCACUCAUGCUGAGCUGGUUCAGUUGAUGGAGUGGAAGCUGACGAGAGGCAAAUUCCGUCCGAUGCUGCAGAAGAUGAUUGCGAGUAACUCUGUGAGCAGUGUGGAGUCGUGCACGCGGAAAGCUUUCAAGCUGCUUCCUGACGUGUCGGCCGCAAUCGCGGAACUCACUAAGCUAAAAGCAGUGGGACCUGCCACCGCAUCAGCUGUGUUGGUUACUGGUGCUCCUCAGGAAGCUGCUUUCAUGGCCGACGAAGUGCUGGAGUCAAUCCCAGGCUUGGUUCCCAUUAAAUACACACUUAAGCACUACAUUCUUUACCUGGACAAGGUGAGGGAGUGUGUAGAACAACUCAAUACAAAUGACUCGGUGAAUGACUGGACACCUCACAAAAUAGAACAGUGUCUCUGGACCUGGGCCGUGGCCAAAAGUGUCAAACCCUCAUUGCUGGAGAGUCCCAUCAUGUAUCAAAACAAAAUGUCAAAUAACGAAAAACUCACAGAAAUGAGACCCACGAAAAGACAGAGAGUGCAAUAAUAAGAAAAUCAGUCCCUUUAUCAAAACAGCCAAAGUUGCAAGGAAAAAUUGCAGCUUUGCAAUGCCUAAACUGUGCAACAAUGAAUGUUGAAGUCUGAAGCAAUUCAGUGAGACCAUACACUAAGGAGAGAUGUUGAAUCUGCAGGAAGGUGAAGGAAGAAAUGCUGUCAUUCUUUCAUGUGGUAUCUAUUGAUGUACUUAAUUAAUGUAUGCAAACUUGUAUGGAAAUAAAUAGCAAUUGUGUAUUGAUGGGGCAUUGGUGUUUUAUAAUGGGAACACUGCAUCCAGUAAUCUGAUUCAAUUGUUUGGAUAUCCCAUUAGUUAGCUAUCUUGUUUCCUCAUUACUACAUAAAGUUGUUAUCUGUAGACAUGCCAUUGUGGAUCAAUAUACUCACUAGGUCAGCCAUAUAUUGUACUGUAUACACAUAAUGGGCUUAGGAACAUUGGAAGUUAAGGUCUGGAGUUCGGAGUGCCUAUGUUUCAGCUUGGUGGCUUCUGUUUUCCACACAUCCUUUUUAAGUUGCAUAAAUACAAUUCACACUCCUUUAAAUUCACCCGGUUCACUAGAAAAUUUAUCAUAUUUCUGCUUAACACGUGAACAUAAAGUGAAAUAGAAGUGUUAAAUAAUAUAACCAGAAAUCAACGCCAACGAAGGUCCUAAUGAUGCUGGAUCAUCAGAGUUUUACUAUAAAUUAAAAGUAUAAAGCUCAGUCAAGAGGAGGUGGAUUGCCAAGAAUAUCAUAGAUAAUUUGAUGAUAACAGAUCAUUAUGUCUGAUUUUAUUUAGUGAACCCAGCAAAGGGAUGAACCGGAGCAAACAUUCUGUUAGAAAUGGUCAGUUGUGGAAGCUAAUAAUCCAUUUGGCAAAGUCUUUAUACCAAUCAGUUGUUGUGAUUUUCAAACAUUCAUUUAAUAUCAGAGAACGUAUAUGGUUUAAAACCUGAAAUUUGUAUUUUUCACAAAAGACAGAAAUCCUAUAUAUAAUUUAAAUAGGUGUUCAACCAAAGUGAUAGAUUGAUGUCUCCUGAUACCUUCAAUAUUUUCUCAUUUAUUUUGCAUAGUUAAAAUUGGUUUUGCUUUGCUUAGACAUCCGAUGGUUCUGAAUUCCCCCCCCCCCAAGCACAUGCUUGCAGUGGAUGAACUGAAAGUGAAGAUUACAUAUGUGUGAAAUGGGCUAUAGUGAUAUAAUUUUCAUUGGGAGAUCUACAUGAUUUUAUUAUAUUUCUGGGAUGUCUCUAGAUCUUUGAAUUACUGAAGGCAAGUAUAGAAAUGCUUUAGAAAUUUGCAACCUUAGAAUUGACAUCACCAGGUGCUGAACAGUUUUUAGUUAAGCUGUUUACUAUGAUUGCAUUUGCUAUGUUUUUCAAAUUCCUUACCUGCUGUUUUCUUCUCUGCAAACCUUUUCUUUUUGUAUAUAGUGCUUCAAUAUUUUUCCUUGAUUGUUUGCUCAGUAUGCUUUCCAAACUCCCGCCAUCUGUUAAUAAAUUUGAAUUGCUGAUUAACAUUACUCAUGUUCCUGGGCGGCUCUGUGGUGGAGCUUUGCAAGGUAUAUGCAAUAAUUAGUUUUGACUUGGUGUAUAUGUACUCUCUUUGAGCUUGAACCUUUUGUAAAAAAAUCUAAUUUUGGUGACGCUUAUUUUGCAGUAUUUUAUAAGGUUCUGUAUGAUUUUCUUUUUAAUAAAAUUGUGAUA